CUGAAGGCAGACACUUAUUUAACCAACUGAGCCCCCCUGGAGCCCCUGCUCAGCCAUACUUCUUGGCCCUGCUUUAUCUAUUUGUCCUGAAGUGAUUGAGGAAAGUGCUCUCCAACAGAUUUUUGGUUUCCAUUUUUACUUUCCAUUGGGUCCAAAAAAGUUUGCUCCUUCAAGCCCUUGUGCAGUUUAACUGCUCCGUUUUUUCCUCACAGUACAUGGCCCCCUGUUUCUGCACAUUACCUCUGACUCUCCAAUGCUGCCAGACCUAAGCCUCCCCUGCUCCUGGCUGCCUGGGUCCAUGUUCCCUUCAGAUAACCAUCUGUCAGCCCAGGUGUUGUCUGACAGGGGUGCCAGCACCUGCUGGGCUUCUUAUAGUGCCAGACACACUUUUAGUAUGUGAAAACUAUUCCCACCCUUUUCAUCAAUGCCCAAGGAGGCACCCGUGGCAUGUACAUUUUGGUGAAGUCUGUGGUAAUUUAUUCCCACACUAUUUUGUUUCCUCUUCCCAAAUUGCUCAGGGUCUCCAAUCUGCCUCUCCUCUCUUGCUUACCAAUACCUGGCCAUGUGUGACCAUGGGUAUCCCAUUGGUCUCUGUGGCCUUGAAGUAAGUGUUCAUCAGCCAAGAAACAUGUUUUGGACACUGACUUCUGGACAGUAUUCUGUGUCCUUGGACACUUGAAAAUAAGUAUCUGACGAAAGUAGCCCUCCUCCAGAGUUUGCCGAGCGUAGGGAAACAUAAGCCAAAUCCAGGGCGCUUGAAUUUUAACAGCCAAGGCUUUGUCCUCCCUUCUUCGCGGACCCGCCUCGCCUAGGACUGUCAGAAACGGGGAGCCGCGUUGAGCGAGGUUCCCCCAAGUCUCACUGUGGGCCAGUCCGGGCUGCAAAAAUGUGCCCAGCGGCGAAGGGAGGCUUCCUCCAGGCUUGUGCGCGAUGCCAAUCACAGCCGCGCAGCCCCAGAGCUUCCCGCUCCCCCGAAGCUCCCACUUCAGAAACAAGGUAGGGAAACUCUGAGCACCUCGGAAUCGGAGCCUCCGCCCCAGUCCCACCCCACAGCGCUCAGGACCCUAGAGGUCCGGGCGCCGCCCACGCUUCCACCGCCCUCUGGCGCGGGGGCUCGGGAGUUGUAGUCUCCUGCCGAGCGCGGGCGCGGGGGCCGGGGCAGCGCGGACUCCACGUCCCGGCGGGCGGCGCGGCGCGGCUGGGGCGCUAGGGGCGGGGCCGCUCGGCCCUUUAAACCUUCCAGGGCCGCUCCGAGGGCCGCAGCCAGAGACGGCGCCACGAGGGGCCGAACGGGGCGCAGCGGCGGCGGCGGGGACGGCGGGGCGCUCCGGAGAGGUGCGUACUGGGCCCCUUCGUGUACCCGGCCCUUGGGGGUCCCCUGGGGAGGCUCCUGUCCCCAGCUCUCGGGGGGCUCCCGUGCGCCCCGCCGGGUUGUGGUUCCUGCGCUAACCCGCCUCUCCCCCGCGGCCGCCGGUGGUCAGGUGGUUGCCUGCGCGCGGCCGCCGCUCCACCGGGGCCCGCACCCGCCCGCAGGCUCUCCCUGGAGCGGCCCGCCGGGACUGCCUUGACUGCAGUCCCUCCCCCGGCCCGGCCCCUCCGGCUUGGGAACGGGACACCCUCCCCAGACGUUACGGCCCGGCCUGAGAGUCUGGGCGCACCGAUGGCAUGCGGGUGGAACGUGGACACCCACAGCGGAGGCCACAAGGUGUCCACGUUCUGGCGCGGGCUCAGACCCAAAUGUGGGCGCUGUGAAUCCGGUGCUGGCCACCUUCCCACACCGGCCGUAGCCAGACACUGGACCCUGGACUUUGACCUAUCUCUCUCCACCAGGCCUGGGCCGCUGAUGGUUUUGGUGAAGUAUCUUAAGGCAGCUGGGCCGGCCCCCUCUUUCCCACCUACCUCUUGUCCUUACCCCCACACCACCACCACCCUGGCUCCCCUCCCUCAUGACCGCCUGGAUCCUCCUUCCUGUCAGCUUGUCAGCAUUCUCCAUCACGGGCCUAUGGACUGUGUAUGCCAUGGCCGUGAUGAACCGCCACGCGUGCCCUGUGGAGAACUGGUAUGGCGUACUCUGCAGACAGCCUCCCUCUAAAGCUCCCUUCAUCUCUGUUCCUUCUCGGGUCAGGGCAGCUACAAGCCAGACGGAGACCCUGGGCCUCACUGCUCUUAACUGACACUGGCAACGCCUGCCCCUCCCCAGGCAUGGCUCCACGCUUGUCUCCCUGUUUCCCACUGUCCCUUCACCCCUUUGGCUUCUGCCUCAGGCCGGUUCUGGGGGGUGGGCUCUUCUGUCCCUGCCAGCAGAAGUCUGGGAGGGCGGUCCCCAAGAGGGCCCGAGGCUGCGGGCUGAGAACCUGGAAGAGCCCCUUUUCCCCAGGCUACUCUCUUUCCUGCCUGCCAGGUCCUACAACGAAUCCUGCUCUCCUGACCCCGCCGAACACGGGGGCCCUAAGACCUGCUGCACCUUGGAUGACAUCCCGCUCAUCAGUGGUCCUGAUCUGUCUGCUGCUGUAUGGGCAGCUCCUGGAGCAGAGUCGUCAUUCCUGGGUCAACACCACGACACUCAUCACAGGCUGCACCAAUGCUGCGGGCCUCGUGGUGGUUGGCAACUUCCAGGUGGAUCACGCGAAGUCUCUGCACUACAUCGGAACUGGUGUGGCCUUCCCCGCUGGGCUGCUCUUCGUCUGCCUGCACUGUGCCCUCUCCUACCAUGGGGCCACUGCCCCCCAGGACCUGGCUAUGGCCUACCUGCGGAUUGUGCUGGCAGCCAUCGCCUUUGUCACCCUAAUCCUCAGCGGUGUCUUCUUUAUGCACGAGAGCUCUCAGCUGCAACAUGGGGCAGCCCUGUGCGAGUGGGUAUUUGUGAUUGACAUCCUGAUUUUCUACGGCACCUUCAGCUAUGAGUUCGGGGCAGUGUCCUCAGAGACGCUGGUGGCGGCCCUGCAGCCUGCCCCUGGCCGGGCCUACAAGUCCUCUGGGAGCAGCAGCACCUCCACUCGCCUCAACUGUGCUCCUGAAAGCAUCGCCAUGAUCUGAGGUCUGGGGAGGGUGGCUGGCCCAGCCUCUGCAGCUCUCCACCUCAUUAACUUUGCAUUUAUUUUGUACCAAAAACGAUUUUGAGAAAGUAUUCUGCUGGGAUAGAGGGUUCCUUGCUGCUGAAGGAACCACCAUCCCACACCCACCUGUGCCACAGCAGAGCGGGCCAGGCAGCUGUGUGGGCUGCACACAAGCUACUCCCUGACUCUGCAGUGUUGUUUUUAUGAAAGGUCACAUAGCCUCACUCACCCAGCCAGCCCUUCAGGUGCCUUCUACUCCCCAGUGCUGAGGCCACACCACUGGGGUUUCCUGCUGCAGGAAUUGGGGGCUGGGAACAGCAAGAGGGACAGAAGUCAGGGAGUGGAGGGGGGAGCACUACUUAGUCUGUGGGAAGGCCCUCUUUCGGGCCCACUGAGCUGCACUGGGAUUCUUCACUCUGCCCUUUACUUUCCUUUGGGCAAAUAAUACAGCAGAACCACAUGGGUAUUUUAGUACUUUUUUUUAAUCUAUUAAAAGAAUUCUAAUUUGCA